GUCGUGGGAUGAACCAGUUAAAUAUUUUUGCAGUCGCGUGCACGGAUCGUGCCUGUCCACAAAUAACGCGACGAAUCAGCGCGACAGCUCGAGGCCAAAUCGGCACACCGCUUCCUCCACUCCUCCACCCACAUCACGACUUGCGGGCCAGCGAUGCCAGACGUGCCAGAGUGGCCGAGGCCGCCACCGACAUGUCCACCAAGCCGCGGAUGAAGGCCGAGGACCGUGCUGCGAGGGCCCGCCCGAGCUUGGCCAGCUGCGUUCGAGGCACGUCAUCUGACGUCUCCACCUCGUCUUCCAUGUACUCCAUGAUGCUCUCCAUGCCCUCGAUCCUGACCCGAUAGCUGCCCCGUUUCCUGGCCCUUCGGGUGUCCCAGUUUGGCCUAUUGGUGCUUGGUGUCGGCGACUUGGCCUGUGGCGUGGUCUGUGGCGUGGUCUGUGGCAUGGCCUUGGGGAGGCGCCGGCCCUGGAAGAACCUUACCAACGGGCGCGGCUGUGGCUCUUGCCUCGGUGGUGGCUCAGGCACCGCGACGCGCUCCAGUGAGACGCCGUGCCGGCUACCCGUCGCCCAGAUGGCAGCCAUCACCCGCCCGCGCACACGCUCGGCUCCGGCCACGGCCCCAAUGGUGCACAGAUCCGACGCCAGCUUCUCCAUGAGCCUGUACCGACCCUCGGGGGACCCGCGCUGCUCAACCAUGUCCAUCAACACGCCCCUGUAUCCGCUGUGCCGGCCCGAGAGUUCGUUGGCGUAGUCGCGGCGCCAGUGGCAGUGAUGGAGCCACCGGACGAUCUGAUAGGCUCGCAGGCCACCACCCGUGUGUGUUUGGUCCUCGCGGAAAGUGUAGGCACGGCCGAUCUGGUCGAGCAGGCUGAGAUGCUGCCUCGACGGGCGCAGCACGCGGGAGCACGCCACCGUGCCGGCAAUCACCUGCGCGUACACGGCGAGCGAGACGCGCCCCAGAGACUCGGCCUCCCCUCCCGGCAGCAGCGCUGCCGGGUAUAUGUUGUGCUCCACCGCGACGAGGUGCUUCAGCAGCGGCUCGACGGCGUCUUGGGCCGCUUUCACUUGCGCGGUGCUGCUUCGGCUGCGCAGCACCAGCAGCUGGCUCUCCAUAAGCCGCAUGCGCCUACCGGCCUGCUGCACCGUCAUGGGCCUGGGUCUCGGGGCCCCCGCGCGCUGUGCGAGCCGCUCGUCAAAGUAGAUGUGCGUCAGGGCCAUGUAGGCAAAGGUCCAGUUCUGUCCCAGCUCGGCGGGUUGCGCUCUGCGAGGGCAGUCGAGGGCCGGGUCUGGCAUCUCUCGCAUGUCCAACAGGGGGUUCUUGCCACCGCAGAUGAAGGUCCGAACAUCCCCGCAGGCUUCGAACCACACCGCGAGGACAUCGGGGUGGUGUGCCGGUGAGGUGCCGUGGAUCCAGUUGGGCCAUAUCCGACGGUGGAACUCGAUCAGCUCCUUGUCCGCCAUCUUGGCUGGUGAUGUUCCGCGUGUUGACAGCGGAUCACUUUGCCGAAUACUUUUGUCCCUACUGGCUGCUGCAUACUGGCUGCUGUAUACUUCAAAUAUGGUGCUCAUCAUCGGGAGAAAGACGUGUUGGCGCUUCAAGGUUCGAUGAAGCUCAAAUCCUCGCAAAAGUAUUAUCAAGCCACGGCCGGUGAAGCCCGGUUUAAAAUCCCAGCUGUCAAGCAUCCAUUCCACAUCUGCAUCACCUCUUCACCUACUAUCUCCAAGAUGAGGCUCACCAGCGUGGUCACUGCCCUCCUCGUCGGGGCAACCGAGGCGAGGCCUCCGCAGGCCAAUCGAACGUCGGACGUUUAUAAAUGGCGACUGGGCAAGAUCAAAUGCGCCACCAUGCCGACCGCGCUCGCCGACGACAUCAGGUCGAUGAAGAGCUGGCUGCAACUUGCAGAGGGCCUCAAGUUUUACAUCCCUCCGGUUCAGUAUUGCUACCGGCCUCAAUGCAAGGCGCUCAAUGCGGUUGCUGUAUAUGUGUGCCACAACAACACCGAGACCAUCACCAUCCGGGGCAAAUAUCUCCUCCAGGCCUUGGUCGCGGUGGAUGACAACUGCUGCAAUCACAUGGGUUCAAAACUGUACCCGAAGUCGGGCACGGUUACAUUCCCGGCGGCUGGAGUCACGAUGCACGUCGGGGCCACGGAUUGCUUCAACAACAACGACUGGGCUAAUCCGCUGGCGAUGAAGGGGCCCAACAACUGCCUGAUGGACGCGGGCCGUUUCGGGGCACCCCUCGUGUACCAGCCCGGAGCAAACCACACGUGUGCCUGGGAGCCCAACCACAGCUGCGAAUAGCAUAUUGCCUGUGGCAUGCCUCGAGGCAUUGUGCCAUGCCGAUCCUCUAGUGCUAUUUUUGGCGUCAAGGCAUCGGAGGCAUACCACCGCUAAGGAAUCGUCGAUGGAUUCGCGCCAGCACAGACGGGCUAGGGGUCAAAGCCGCGCCACUGAGCCAUCGUUAGACUACCCGACACCACAUCCUACUGCUCCGCUAGCCCUAAAUCUAGACAAUUCUACCACGUGCCCGCUCUUCGCCUUUGGCACUGUUGGAUGUGGUAUUUCCGAUAUUCGGCCUCGUCGCAACAUGGGCGAAUAUCCGUCCAGUCAUCUCCGCAUGGUAGCCGCCGACAACCUUGCUUUCUCGCUUGAACAAUGCACGACCGCGCACGAGCCAGGUGACCAGGAGUUAACUCUGCACGGAAACAAUAAGCGUUAGCUCUGUACAAACAAUGGGCACACUUUUCACUAGCCUCUCGCUAAUUCUUGUGCUGUCGAUUUCCAGCUAUCGUCCGCUACAACUGGCCAGCAGCCACGAGCCCCUGGCCCGAGCGUGCGCUAGCUGCCCCUGGCAAGCCAC